AUGGAGGCAUCCGACGAGGGGGAUAGUGCUGACGCGUCGAGGCGCGCGGAGGGCAACCCAGGGCAGUUGGCAUUGAGCCGCGCGCGCCUCGCCUCGCUCACAACUAACUUUACUGACUGGACGGCAGUUCGCGAGUUCAGGGCCGAUAUCGCGUGGGACGUGUGUUUCUUCGGAGUCGGCUACACGGGGGGGCUCGUUGGCACGAUACAGGCUCGAUAUCUUGACGUCGUCGCGUUGGGCGGCGGCCUCGUCCAUGAGUGGUGGAGCCCAUCGAAAGCUAAGAAGUUGAGUGCGGGUCAGAUGCUUGCUUCGUGGCGCGCUGCUGCGGAGGGCGACGACUCGGACGAUGGCGAGGGGCCUGGCGGCGACGGUGGCGCUGCACCUAGCGGGGACGCUCCACCUCCUCCUGAUCCUGUAGCGCUGGAACCUCGGGACCGUGACGUGGUGCAUUUCGACAUACCUGGUUUGGGCGCCAUUGUUCAUUAUGCGACGUCUGGGUUCUACGCGUACUGCCAUGACGAGCUGCACCGCGACGACGGCGCGGGUGCCAGGCGCAAGAAGGGCCAGGCCGCCGACCCUCGUUCCAGCCAUUGCUGCAGGAAGAAUCGCAUUGGUAUCAAGUGCAAGCGUACAGCGCGGGGGACUGGUCGACCCCUGGGCUUCUUGGUAUGUUGGUUAAGGGAGCACGGCUCCUGGGCAACUGCGGAUGAGCACAAGUUGAUGUUCGGGUGCUCGCUGGGAGAUCGGCGCGCUGCCAGGGACUGGUUGAAGACCCUCCCUGGCUCGCACGUGCUGUUCGAGUGCGAGCGCGAGAAGCUCCCAG